AUGGCACGGCUGGUUAAGAGGCAAGCAAAGCAACAAGUAGCACAAGAAGACAUUGAUGAGAAACACCUUUUGGCUUUCAUUGUGAAGGACAAAUAUAGUAAUGAGGAUAAAUGCAAACAAGAACUCAAGAAAUAUUGUGAAGAGUUGAAGGAAGCAGAUGGUAAAUUCAAUGUUAAUGAUAAAGUUAAAGAACUUUGUGGUGGUGGUGAUGAUAAAAAACAAGAGAAAAAAUGCACAGACCUGAAAGACGAAGUUAAAAAAGUAUUGGGAACUUUUAAAACGGAACUUGAAAAAGCAUUGCAAGAGACAAAAGAUGAAAAUUGUAAAAAAUAUGAAGAAAAAUGUAUACUUUUAGAAGAGACGGAUCAUAAUGAUAUUAAGGAGAACUGUGUGAACUUGAGGGAGAAAUGUUACAAAUUGAAGCGUGAAAAGGUGGCAGUGGAGCUCCUUUUGAGGGCGCUCGGAGGGGAUGCUAAAGAAGAAGCUAAAUGUAAAGGAAAGAUGAAUACUGUUUGCCCAGUGUUAAGCCGAGAAAGCGACGAGCUGAUGUUUUUCUGCCUUGAUUCGGAUGGAACGUGUAAAGCGCUGAAAGGGAGAUUGAAGGAUGUUUGCAAACCUUUAGAAACAAAAUUGGAAGAGAAAGAAUUAGCAGAAAAAUGUUAUGAAAGACUUGAGAAAUGUCAUUUCUACGGAGAAGCGUGUGGUAAUACAAAAUGUAAGGAGGAUAAGACGAAAUGCGAGGAAAAAGGAAUCACAUAUAAAGCGCCGGAAUCUGAUUCUAGUCCUGUCAAGCCGAGGGCAUCGUUGUUGAUAAGUAUUGGGUUGGAAGAUGUUUAUAAAAGAGCUGAAAAAGAAGGAAUUAUUAUUGGAAAAGUAGGCGUGGAUGUACCAAGAAGGUUUGGUGAAGAUUUUCUGCAAGAUCUCUUACUACUGUUGAGCGAAGAUGAGGAUAAGACGGAUGCAACAAGUAAAUGCAAAAAAGCGUUAGAAAAAUGUGAUAAAUUUAAUCACUUGGAUUAUAAUUUUGGAGAGUUAUGCAAAGAUAAAGAUAAACAAAAGAAAUGCGAAGAAUUACUAAAUAUAAAAGAAAGAUGUACAAAUCUCAAAUUAAAUCUUCAUGUGAAAGAUUUGUCUACAGAAUAUGAAGAAGAUAAAGAAUCAGAACUUUUAUUGUGGAGAGAACUGCCAACAUUAUUUACGAAGGGAGAGUGUACAGAACUUGAGUCGGAAUGUUUCUAUUUAAAAAAGGCGUGUAAAAAUAAUGAGAUUGAUAAAGCAUGUCAAAAUGUACGAGCAGCGUGCUAUAAAAAAGGACAAUAUAGGGUCAUGAAUACACUCUUUCGAGAGGGGUUGGGUGAGAACCUUGGUAGUAUAAGAUAUUAUAAUAGCGAUCCUGAGGGUUGCAAAAAAUCUGUGGUAGAAAAGUGUACAAAACUUAAAGAUAAAAAAUAUCUUCCACAAUGUCUUUAUCCUAAAGAACUAUGUUAUCUGCUUUCAGAUGAUAUUUUUCUUCAAUCCAAAGAGUUAGGUGUGCUUUUGGAUGAUCAGAGAGAUUUUCCAUUUGAAAAGGAUUGUCUUGAGUUGAAGGAGAAGUGUGAUGAACUUAAAAAUCAUACAUAUUUGAAUUCAGAAAAGUGUAUAACAUUGAAAAGACGCUGUGAAUACUUUAGAGUUUCAGAGAGAUUUAGAAAAGUAUUUUUAGAAAGAGAAGAUGAUGCAUUAUACGAUGAGCAAAAUUGUACGAAGGCAUUGCAUGAGAAAUGUAAUACUUUAUAUAGGAAAAGGAGGAAUCCAUUUGGGUUUUCAUGUGCUUUGCCAGAAGAAACAUGUAAAUAUAUGGUACACCAUACAAGUCAAGAUUGUAGAUAUUUAAAAGUCAACAUCAAAAAUGAAGAAAUUCUAGAACAAAUUGGAGAAGCAAAUAAAAAUAAAAAUGAAACAACACUCGAAGAACUCUGCACAACAUGGGGCCGACAUUGUCAUCAACUUGUGGAGAACUGUCCAGAUCAGUUGAAAAAAGAGAAUGGCAAUGGCAAUAAUCAUAACUGCGAAGCACUCGAUGAAAAAUGCAGGGAUACUUUUGAAAAGUUGAAAGCGAAGGAUGAGCUAACUCAUCUGUUGAAAGGAAGUUUAAGCAAAGAUGAUGAUUGUAAAAAAAAAUUAGGAGAGAGUUGUACUGAGUUGGAAAAGAAUGAAGCAUUCAAAACUCUGUAUAGUAAAUGUGAUGAUAAAAUUGCCGAAGAACUUUGCAAAAAAUUAGUUAAAAAAGUAAAAGAGAGAUGUCCUACUUUAAAAACCGAUCUGAAUAAAGCGAAAGAGGAGUUGACAAAGAUGAAAAAAGAAUACGAUGAGCUCAAACAGGUGGCAGAAAAAUCUACAGAGGCAGCUAAGUUAUUGCUAUCAAAGUCUGGAAAAGCCGCAAUGCCAAGUGGACAGGAUAGCAAUGGUUCUGCACCAGUAUCCGCACCAGCAGGAUCAGGGUCGCCAUCAUCACCAGCAGUACCACCCACACCAGGGUCACCACAAAAUGGAACGACAGACGCAUCAGGUAAAACGCCAAGCACAGGAGAUGGAACACCAGGCACACCGGGUAGUGGAACGCCAAACUAUGUAAAAUUUGGACUCGUUAAAAGAGCAUAUGUAGAUGGAGGUGUAUCAGAAGUAGAAGUAAAAGCAUUUGAUGCAACGACGAUAGCAUUGGAAUUGUAUUUGGAAUUGAAAGAGGAAUGCAGCGCUUUACAACUAGAUUGCGGUUUUAAAGAGGAUUGUAAGGAAACUGAACCAGCUUGUAAAGAAAUAGACACGUUAUGCGGAGGAAUAAAACCAUUAGAAAUUAAGCCUCAUCAUACAGAGACACAAAAAGAAAUCUCAACCACUACGACGACCACUACGACGACCACUACCAUGACCAGUACCACGACUACGACGACAACUACUACGACAACCAAACCGGGAAGUGGAGGAAAAGUAACAGAAGAGUGUACAAUGAUACAAACAACAGAUACAUGGGUGACGAGUACGUCAUUGCAUACGAGUACGAUAACGAGUACGUCAACGGUGACGUCGACAGUGACGUUGACGUCGAUGCGCAAGUGCAAGCCUACCAAAUGUACUACUGAUUCAAGCAAAGAGACACAGAAAGAAGAAGAAGAAGAAGUAAAACCAAAUGAUGGGGUGAAAAUAAGAGUUCCUGAUAUGAUUAAAAUAAUGUUGUUGGGAGUGAUUGUUAUGGGGAUGAUGUAA